CGCGGCGGGGAGCGGCGGGAGCACAAGUGGACGGAGCGCCCGGGAACGGGGGGGACGGCCGCCGCGUAGUUGUUUCGCCCGCGGUAAGUUGGCCGAUCCCCUGCGGAGGCUUCGUUUGGAGGGGGGCAGCGCUUGACUCCCGGCUGUCCCCAGCCCCCUUGGCGGGGGGACGCCGUUAUUUUUUUUUAUUUUUUUUUUUUUUAUUUUCCUUUUGGAUUGCUUUUUUUAAUAUUAUUUUUUUAUGAUUUUCUUUAUUAUGGGGCAUGUGAGGGAGCAGAUCUUUCAGCCCGGCGUUGCUCUUCUUCCUUGUCCAACGCUUCGUGAAGAAUUGUAUUUCUUCCCCGAGAUGCUGCAGUGAAUCUUAGUCCCAGGAAAUAAAGCGAACAAAAUAAUCCAAAUAACCCCAUCCAUUUGUUACCGUGUGCGAGUGAACGCUGCCUAGUCACAGAUGAUGGCAAAAAAUUCCUUGGAAGGGUCUAAAGAAGACCUGAGCAAAAUUUCGGAAGAGGAGAUGCUGAGGUGGAGCAAAGAAGAGCUGGUGAAAAGACUGAGGAAAGUGGAGAAUGAAAAGAUGAACUUAAUGGUGGAACAUGGCAACUUAAUGAAGGACGUGAACCGGCGGCUGCAGCUCCACCUGCACGAGAUCCGCGGGCUGAAGGAGGUGAACCAGAAGUUGCAGGACGACAACCAGGAGCUGAGGGAGCUUUGCUGCUUCUUGGACGACGACCGGCAGAAAGGCAAGAAGCUGUCGAGGGAAUGGCAGCGCUUCGGGAGGCACACGGCCAGCGUGAUGUGGAAAGAGGUGGGCAUGUACCAGCAGAAGCUGAAGGACCUGGAGGCGAGGCAGGAGACUCUUCUGCGGGAGAACGUGGAGCUGAAGGAGAUGGUGCUCAUGCUGGACGAGGAGCGGAGCGGGGCCGGCUCCCGAAGCUCCAUUGACAGUCAGGCCAGCCUGACUAACCUCAACGGCGGCUCGGCCACCAGGGACGUGGGGGACGGGAGCAGCACCUCCAGCACGGGCAGUGCGGGCAGCCCCGACCACCACCACCACCACCUCCACCACCACAAGGCGGGCGAGAGCAAGGCCGGGGCCAUGCGGAGGUCUAUGGAUGACCUAUCCGCACCCCUUCACCACAGGAGCAUCCCUAACGGCCUCAACGAUUCGUCUUCCAACUAUAUCAGGCAACUUGAAACAAAAGUGAAACUGCUGGAGGAUGACAACAAGCUUCUUUCCCAGGGUCCAUCUCGCAUGACAGCAGAUCUUGCAUCUUCUCCUGCAGCAGGAUAUGUCCCUGUUGGUCAGAAACCAGAGGCUGUUGUGCAUGCUAUGAAGGUUCUUGAGGUCCAUGAAAAUUUGGACAGGCAAAUGCAAGACAACUAUGAAGAAGACCUGAGUGAAAAGGAGAAGGCGAUCGUUCGAGAAAUGUGCAAUGUUGUCUGGCGAAAGCUGGGUGAUGCUGCAAGCUCCAAACCUUCCAUCAGGCAGCAUCUUUCAGGAAACCAGUUCAAGGGUCCCUUGUAGGAACACCAUCUGGAUGCUGGAAGUGAUUGAUUCUGUGAAGACUCAAGAGGCAGAGCUCAGCAUUCCUGGCUGCCUGCUCUUUGGGAGUUGGGGUUGAGUUUUUUUCAGGGUUUCCUUUUUCCUUCUGCCCAUCCCCAUCCCCCAGUUUGUUUUUUGGUUUGGUUUGGGUUUUGUUUUUUUUUUUUUUGUAACAAUAGUGUAAAUAUGGCAGCUAACGGCCUGAUUUCCAGGCUGUGGUGCUCUGGAACUACUGUUCAAUGGGUAACCAUCUAAUAAUGCCAGACUUGCAUCAUUUGUAUUGUAGUUCAAACCUGCUUUGUUGUAAUGAUCUGUUUGUAGAAUUACCUAACUUGAGAGAAUUUUUACGAGGAACAAGAAGAAACCUUACCCCACGGAGAAGUCAGUUUGUAUCGCUCCAAUCCACCCGCUUGUCAAUGAUUCAUAGCCAGGUUAGUGGCUCCAGGCAGCACUUUCCAAGAAAAGUACAAUUUGAAUAAAUUGGCUUAACUGCCUGCAGAGCUCCUGAGCUGCAAACCCCUUUCUUUUUUGGAGAAGAAUGACAUGCAACUGUUUUCACAAGGUGCUGAGUACAGCAUUGAGUGGCGAGCUAAAAACACUGGCACCACUCUGUACAGUGCAGAGUGGUGCUCCUCACGCAAGUGUAGAGAAAGGCUUUAGAGACACUCUAUCAGCUGUUAGUGAACAAAAGAUGUAAAAUAUCUGCAGUUGUAAUAUGAAUUACGUCACUUAGCCACACACCAUAUGGGAAGGAACACUUUUCCUGUAAAGCUUUUACUACAAAAUAAUUCAGCAGCAAGCGCUCAUGGCCUUCACAGGAUCUUCAAGAGCAGCUCAUCUAUCACACAUGGAAGAUUUGGCUAUUUUUUUUCUAAAUGGUCUUGCUGGAUCCCUCACCUAUACUGAUUCCUGUGUAAGGUAACCAAACAACCUUGCAGAGCUGAAUAAAAACUCCAUAAACACGGGCUGUUGGGUGAGACUAAUUCUUGCCAUUCAAGCUUUUUGUUAAUGAACCAUAAAAAGUGGGUUUUUCCAUCUUCUAAUGGUUGUACAUAAAACAGUGGGACUUACCUACAUUUGAUAUUGUGGAGUAGCUGCUUGUAUAGUUGUAAGAAUUUGACCCCCCCUUCUUAUCCAGGUUGUCACAGCAGCUGACCCUGUAUUUAACUAGAUGUCCAAGGAAGUGGGGCUUGGUUAUUAAAAUAAUAGGUGUUAAAAUAAUUCUAAAGACAGCCAUGUGAAAAGAUCAAAGCCUCCUCUUCAAAUUUGCAUCAAUUCUAGUGGUAUUUCAAAGAC